GACGAGCCGAGGCUGCAUUUGCCAACAAAUCGCUUAACGGGCAGGACGAGCCCAGCUUCGAGUCGCGCUGAAAGUUAAACGGCACGCGUUAUACUCGGUUUUUUUGUGUUCCAAAAAAUACCCAUCUCUAUAUAUAAAGUAUAUAUCUACACUUUUUUUUGGCUAACAUGCCUGGCCCAAAGGAGAAAUCUCAUCAAAUGCGUAGAGUCAUUAGAUCGUUAUUUCACCAUGUUCUGGACGGCGGUAGCCUCCUCCACGCUCUCAUCCAACAGCGCUGAGAGCUCAGCGGGAUUGGCCAGUGCGGCCCCAAGUUAUCAGCAGCAGCACACGAAGCCAUCACCGCUGAGAGCCUCAUCCAGCAGCUGGCAGCUUAGUAAUGCAGCAUUCAAAUCGCGACUGCAACAGCAACAGCUAUUGCAGCAACACCAGCAACAGAUACAGCAGCAAGACGAGCAACAGCAACAACAGUCCGAGGACUUUGCCCAGCAGGAAGUGCAACCAAAUAAGGAGGAAAAGCCAACAGUGGGGCAAAAGACUAAACCUCAGACAGCGAAUAUCAAAAAGAAAAUCAGUCCAAGGAGUGAAAGUAAAAUCUUCAAAGCUUUCACCUCCUGCAAGUGCACUCAGAAGUAGAAAAAGUGUACAAAUGACGAAACAAUAACAACCGAAGUGAGAAUAUUUUUUGAUGCAUUUUCAAGUUAGAAAUUAUGAAACGAACACAAACUAAAGGUACAACAAUAACAAUUAAAAAACAAUCAAGUUCCUGUGGAUUUUAAAGUGAAACAAAUAAUAUUAAAUAUUUUUAAAGACAGCUAAAUUUGAGGAUUAAAACUUUUGUCUUACGGUAAGAUUUAAAUGAUUUACAGCAUUCGUUUUAACAAAAGUGCAAAAAGUGAUUUAGUA